AUGAUACCGGAUCAAUACUCUGAGAUUAUGGCUAAAGUCAAGAAGUAUUUCAAAACGGAGUGGCCGGAGCUAGCAGCAUUGAAUGCCACAAACUCAACUAUGAGCCAAUCCAGACCAGCUGAGCGUCCUCAAGGAGUCUCCAUUGCGCAAUGGAGAGCCAUCCAAAUGAAGAAGGCGAGGGAGGCGGAGACGGGCGCGGCGAUCCCUAUUUCGGAGCUUGAACGGUGGCUUGCAGCUCCUCGAAUAGAGUUCGACGAGUCUAUUGCAAAGUCUCCAGACUUCCUACUGAAGUGGUGGAAAGAACACAAGGUCGAGUGGCCACUUUUGGCUGCGGCGGCGCGUGAUCUUCUCUCUGUCUCUGGCUCUGAAGUUGACGUGGAACGCCUCUUCAGCGGUUGUAGAGACGAAUUCGGUAUCCGCCGUCACGCCUUGAAGGCAGAUACGGUGCGAGUACUAACACUUUUACGGAGUGCUUAUACUCAGGAAGAUAAGAUCGAUCAGGCGUUGAUCAAGGCGGCCAUGGAGUAUGACAUCCUGCCUUUGCCAAUAGUAUUAUUUGGAGACCAGACCACAUUCCGGGCAAGCUGGAAGAUGGUAUGCGAGAAUCCUCCUCAACCUCUUCCUCCCACCGAGGCUCCCACUGAACCCCUACCCCCAAACCUCCUGCAUCCCAAGCCGAUAAGUCUGCGAUAUCAACCCCCUGUCUAG